AUGGCUGGUCAUCAUCCCACACCGCUCACGCAAGACCCAGCGAUGGUCAAAUAUAACAAUAUGUGGAUUAAUCGUUACAAAUACUUUCGUUGGACUGGACGGACUGCCAGAAUCACUUUCGCAUAUGUUGUGGUUGUUCCUUCAAUAUUGGGCUACCUUGCGUAUAAAACAGACGGCAAGUACGACAUGAGAGGAAAGCGCCGUGGCGACACGAUUUAUGAAAGGUAG